AUGAGCAAAGAAAUUACGAAAGACAUGUCCAACUGCAAUGAGUCGGACGUUGGCGUCGGCAAGAUUGAGGAUGUCGACGACAACAUCCUGAUGGCUCAAGGCCAUGUUCCGGUGCUGAAGCGAUCCUUCAACCUUCUCGGAACCCUAGGACUUGGGUUCAGCAUCACCAACUCCUGGCUUUCCUAUGCCAGCUGCUUCGGACAGAGCUUACUCUACGGCGGACCUCAAGCAACCGUGUUCGGGCUGAUCGUCGCAUGCGCUGUACAGUGGCUCGUUGUUCUUGGACUCGCCGAACAAGCCUCAGCUUUUCCAUCUUCUGGGGGCCAAUACCACUUCACAUAUAUCCUUGCUCCGAAGAAACAUAAAAAGUUCGCCGCAUUCGCCGUUGGGACUAUCAGUGUCCUGGGGUGGUGGGUCAUUACCUGCUCCGGCAUCUCCAACAACGUCCAGUGCAUCAUUGGGAUGAUAGUAUUCGCGAACCCCGACUACGAACCUCAACAAUGGCAUUCGUUCUUGCUAUACGUAGCACUGAUACUACUCACCUUAAUUCCCAUCUUCACAAUCCCUCAACGUCACCUUGGCAAGUGGACCGAAACAUGCCUUGCCCUCUCUGUUGCCGGGUUCGUCAUCGUUACCGUAACGAUCCUUGCCAUGUGCAAGGAAUAUAACCACCCCAGCUUCAUUGUCAAGUUCGAUGGAGUAAGUGGGUGGCCCGAUGGCGUUGCCUGGCUCAUGAGCGUUGGCAAUGCGAUGUACGCCUUUGCCAGUAUGGAUGCCGUCAUCCAUGUUGCAGAGGAGAUGCACCACCCUGGAAAGGCCAUACCUAAGGCGAUGAACCUUACACUCCUCAUUGGUUUAGUCACCUCGGUUCCGUUCAUUAUUGCCAUGAUGUUUUGCAUCAAGGAUCUUGACGCAGUUCGUAAUGCCCACCUUCCCAGCCUGGAAGCUUUUUACCAGGCCACUGGGAGUGAAGCUGCCGCUCUCGGCCUCCAGGGGAUUCUCGUUGUGCUCUUUUAUACGUGCAUGCCUUCCCAGUGGAUCACUUGCGGCCGACUUACAUGGGCCUUCUCCAGAGACCGCGGGCUGCCAUACUCUAACUACUGGAACCACAUCUCUCCCAAGUUUGAAUUCCCUGUCCGCACCACCCUCCUCUCCGUGGCAUUCUGCAUAAUCUACGGCGUGUUGUACCUUGCUAGCUCGCAAGCCUUCAACUCCAUCAUUAUUACAGCUGUCCUUGGAGUCAACAUCUCAUAUGUCGUUCCACAGGCCAUUACCUUGUUCCAUGGUCGCAGCAGACUCCCUGAUCGACCAUUCAAACUUGGCAAAGUCUUCGGCUACCUGUGCAAUGCCUGGACUCCGCUUUGGGUUACCGCCAUCGGCGUGUUCAUCUGUUUCCCAAAUGCGAUCCCAGUGUCAGCUGAUUCGAUGAAUUACGUUUCCGUUGUUCUCGGGUUUAUGGGUAUCAUUCUAGUGGCCUUGUGGUUCUCGGUUCGCCGUUCAUUUGAGGGUCCAAAUAUUGACUGGAGCAUGCUCAGCGAGCAGAAUGUCCAAAGCUCCUAA